CUUGUGUCAUGAGAGCGAUGCCGAAGUCGCGACUUCAGCGGGCCCUCCGUGGCCUGGGUGUGCUAUGUGGGUCCAGACCCGUCGCGGUCAUCACGGUGGCCUUCGUCUUUAGCGUGGUGUGUACAUUGGGUGCAUUGCGCAUGACGAUUCAAAACGAUCCGCAAAAGCUGUGGGUGCCACCGACGUCCACGUCGGCCAAGCAGCAAGCGUACUUUGACGAGAACUUUGGCCCGUUCUUUCGCAUCGAGCAGUUGAUCUUCCAUUUCCCCAACGGCAGCGACGACAACGACUUGAUCACGGCACCGCUCUUGGCCGAAGUCGCGGCCCUCCAGCACCGCAUCGAAACGACCACCGUCGAAGUCGACGGCCGCAACAUUACGCUGGACGACCUGUGCUUCCGUCCCAUUCCUGACAAGGGGUGUUUGGUGGAGAGUCCGAUGCAAUAUUGGCGCAACAACGUGUCGCUGCUAGCCACCGACCCCGACAUCAAACUCACGGUCGUGUGCCAGACCACGCAUCCGUUGCUCUCCACAUACGCACCAUGCAUGGACCAAAACGGCAUUCCUGUGAUGCGCGACGUCGUCUUUGGCGGGCUCGCCACCGAUACAUGCCAUCUCAAUCCCGACCCGUGCGGCGACUCCACCCCUCGCGCGUCGGCCCUCAUCGUCACCUUUUUGCUUAACAACCCCCAGAACACUACGUUUCUAGCCCAUGCGAAGGCGUGGGAAGCGCAGGUAUUUCUAAACACUUCGUUUAGCUCUCCAUCGGGGCUGGUGGUGGAGCGCAUGGCGCAGCGCAGUGUCGAGGACGCCCUGACCGUGGAAACCCAGCAGAAUGCGUUUGUGGUCGUGCUCAGCUAUGGCGUUAUGUUUGUGUACGUGGCGCUAGCAUUGGGCAACGCCCGGGACCCCGUGCGCAGUCGAUUUGGACUGGGGCUGUGGGGCAUUUUGAUUGUGCUGUUCUCUAUGGGAAUAGCAUUUGGUGUGGCGGUGUGUGUGAUGCGCAUUGAAAUCACCAUGAUCACGCUGGAAGUGGUGCCGUUUCUGAUUCUUGCCAUCGGCGUCGACAACAUGUUUAUCCUGACCAACGAACUGGACCGGCUCACGCGCUGCCAGUCCCACGUGUCCCGUGAGUUUCAUUCGUUGCCCCAGCUCGUGGGCGAGGCCAUGAUGCACGUGGGGCCGUCGAUCACGGUGGCGGCCGCGUCGGAAUCCCUCGCGUUUCUCGUCGGCGCGUACACCAAGAUCCCAGCGUUGGAAUCGUUUUGUAUGGUCGCCGCCCUCGCCGUUGUCGCAGAUUAUGUGCUCCAAAUGACGUGGUUUGCAGCAGCGUUGGCACUCGAUGCGCGUCGGAUGCGUGCCCGACGAUACGACUUGUGUCCGUGGAUCAAAAAGCCGUACGUCCUCAGCCCAGACAAAGCGCGGCAGAUCCGCGCGUACUCGGACGACGCCGCCGCCGUCGACUCGUCGGUCGUCCAGACGUUCUUGGACUCCAAGUGGAUUCCAUUGCUGUUUGCCAAAUGGACCCAACGACUCGUGGUGGUGGUGUGGAUAGGAUGGCUGGGGUGGAGUGGCUACAGUGUCACGCAGAUCCCCAUGGGACUCGAGCAAACGCUGGCAGUUCCGUCGGAUUUUUACUUGCACUCGUACUUUGAAGCCCAAAACAAGUACGGCGAUGCCGGUCCCCCAGCUUAUAUCGUGAUGCGGCAAGUCAACUACACCGAUCGCCAAGUCCAGAGGUCGACGAUGGACUUACUGGACAAUCUGUCGCUGCUGGAUGCUUACAUGGACACGCCCAUCUUUGCAUGGCUCAACACGUUCAACCAGUGGCGGCAACUGCGCGCGUUUCUCGAAGAAAAGCGCGAGGACGAUGAAUGCGACUGCCCCGCGCAGCCCAUGUUGCCGUUUGCGUUUGAACUGACUGAGCCGGGCGACACCCAACCCGUGACGCCGACCGAGUUUUUCUAUCCGUUGGUGUACAACUUUACACGCAUUCCGAUCGAUUCACAGUGCUGCCAGAGCUUUGGCAUGUGCGGUGCGCAAUAUGCAAUGGACAUUGAAUUUCAAUUCCGGCGCCAAGACGACGACGAGAAUCAAGUUGUGGCACAUGUCGAUGGCAUCAGUGCGUCGCGAUUUCGUUUCCAAGUAUCGCCUCUGGUGAACCAGUCGACGUUUAUCAAUUCAUUCUACUACCUCAACCACUACACCACUCUAUGGAGCGAACCCAUCCUUCCUUUGGACGGCGACACAAGGAACCCCGUGGCGUUCCCGUACAGCUUGUAUUUUGUCUACUAUGACCAGUACUUGUCCAUUCAAGGCAUUGCGCUGCAGAGCGUGUUGCUAGCUUUGGGUAACGGGUUUGACAUGAGAUGAUUCUUUUAAGAGUUUUGCGUGGUGUUUAUGGCCAUGAUGCUGCUCCUACCGACCCAAGUCGCGACGUGUGUGCUCGUGGCGCUGUCAGUACUGUCCAUGUCCAUUUCUUUGGUCGGGGUGGUCCAUCUAUGGAACCUCUGCACUUCGCUGCACACGUCGAUUAAUGCGGUAUCGGUGGUGAAUAUGGUGGCAUGUGUGGGGCUCGGAGUUGAGUUUUGCAUCCACUUGGCAUCUACAUUUGCGUCGCUGGCAUCGACGACCUCCCGCGAAGAGCGCGCCAAGGUCGCCGUGUCGCUCGUGGGCCCGUCGAUUGUCAGUGGCAUCACGCUGACCAAGUUUUUCGGCAUUGGGGUGCUAGCGUUUGCCAAGUCGCAAUUGUUCCAAGUGUACUUCUUCCGCAUGUACGCGGGCAUCGUGGUGCUGGGGGCUGUACAUGCGUUGGUGCUGCUGCCGGUGCUCCUGGCGGCGUGCGGGUCGGAAGCGGAUGGCGCGUCGACAAAGAAAGUGAUGUCGCCGACGUUGUCGAAACAGUAUGCCCGAGGCCUGCUGAGCGACGACUCUGACACCGAGUAAUAAGUAGUAAAAACCACACGUGUGAUUGUGCUCGAUAUUAUUGUUUGGACUGCCCUGAAUCACAGUCACGCGUGUCCGUUCUAAUACAAUAUAUAUAUAUAUAUAUCAAAUCAGGACGUUCGUAGGAUGGAUAUUAUAAGAAAAAAAAUAUUAUAUCGAAUCAAAACAGGACGUUCGUGGAUGAAUGUAAUAAUAAUAAAAAGAAUAUAUAAAAUAAUAAACAGCACGCUCCUAGGAUAAAAAUGGCCAGACGAAUCGACCAAGUACUACCUGCGAUGAUGGUUCAAGAGGUAGACUGGGGUCUAAAUCAAUAAUUUUCGCACGAAAGGAAACAUCUACUACGUAAUACCUUGCAACCACGACUUAGUAGUCCAGAUUAUUCUCACGAAAGUAGCAUCUCAAACCCCAAAACUCCGAAGUCGUCCGUUGGGUGCACAAUACUGUAGUCCACAACAACAGAGGCUCAGCUUGCCCUGGUACAUAUGUGGAGCUACUACCUGCUUGGUUAAACAUACGGCUUGUGUUCAACAUUGAGCUGCACAAAGCGAUUUCGAA